AUGGCUACUCCCCCAUCCACUCCUUCGCGUCGUUUGACGCGCUCACAGACAGCCACGACUGUGCUGGGCAAGCGUACUUCGCUUUCCCGCUCGUCUUCGGUUGUAUCUAAUAAAUCUGUAUCGAUGAUUACUCCUGAGUCUACGCCCAAGUUAAAAAGAGUUCGUACGUUGGUCGUUGAAGACGACGACGCGAGGGCGAACAAGGAAAACAUACCACCUUUACGUGAUCUUAUGCUGGACUCCCCCUCUGCUUCUCGCCUAAGUCGGAGAUCCAGCUUUAGCUCUAACAUCUCUACUGCGUCUACGCGAUCAAGAAAUAGCCUUCGCAGAAGCGCUACAUACACUGCAGGUUCUCAGACACCUUCCACUGGUCUCAAUAACUUGCCCAUCGCUUCUCCACCUCCGACACCACCCUCUUCUAUUCCACUCUACCUCCGCGUUCGGGGGCUAUUGCGCGCAACGUCAAACGCUAAUCGUGGCAUGAGUUUGGAGGGCCGUGAGACCGAACGUUCUAUUAUCGAAUCCUUCCUUCACAGCCUCGACGCCGACUCGGACGUCUCGGAGUCUGUUUUAUAUAUCUCCGGCGCGCCCGGCACUGGCAAGACUGCUCUCGUCAAUUCAAUCAUCUCUUCGGCGAAGGUUGCCGACGAUGUCAAACUACUCUUCAUGAAUUGUAUGGCCAUCCCAGGCAUGGACGCACUCUGGCAGAAGCUAGCGGAUGAAUUUGAGGGUGCGACUGUCAAGGGUAAGGCUGGACGAGGAGGCGCCGGAAAGAAGCUACAAGGGAAAGAGAAGGUGUGCGCUAUCCUUGAAAAGCAGCGCGGUCUUAAGUGUAUACUGGUUCUCGAUGAGCUGGACAACCUAGCAGCUAGUUCUUCAAAUGGCUUGCAGCCCCUUUUCGCUCUCGCGGCCUCCUACCCUUCGACAAUUCGUAUCGUUGGUAUCGCAAACACGCAUACUCUCACCUCCACUUCUUCAGCUUCAGAUAGCGAACCAGUCACGCCUUCAGGUUCGCGUGCAAAGGGUGCAAAAAUCAGGACGAUCCAUUUCGCUCCAUACAAUUCUUCAGAACUUCUUGCGAUCCUGAACAAGCGUUUCGAAAACCUCCCGCAGGACGAACUGAAGAAACUCCUACCUACUCCGGCACUUACAUUACUUACGAAGAAGGUUUCUGCCUUGACGGGCGAUGUUCGCGUGCUUUUCGAAGUCCUAAGAGGAGCUAUUGACAACGCAGCUUCUUCCUCGUCUACGUCUCCUCCGGAUGCUGCGUCUACACCUACCAGCCCUUCAUCAGAAUAUGCUUCAAAAAUUACCGUCUCACCUGCGCACAUCCUCUCCGCUCUCAAGUCGUAUGCACCCUCCGCUUCGAAAAUGAAGCCCACUGCAACUAGCACGGGCGCGUCUAGCAACAAUGAGAUUAUAUCUAAGGUCCGCGACCUCGGACUACAGCAGCGACUCGUUCUGUUGGCGCUCGUACUCGCGUCGAAGCGAUCUGCAGCCACACUUCCUCUUUCCUCUGCUUCAUCCUCCCCUACCAUCAAGACUCUUCCUUCUCCGACAAAGCGUCCACGCUCGCCCUUAAAACGAACUGGUUCUGGCGUCUCUGUCGCAUCCACUGCCAGCGACCCUUCGUCUAUCUCAUCUGGCCCCGAUAGUGCACAACUAUACUCCUAUUACGCAACGUUACUCGCCACCGCAGACACCUUCACCUCCAUAUCUCGCUCUGAAUUCACGGAUAUACUCGGCAUGUUGGAGACCUUGGGUCUUAUCACGCUCACCAGCCCGUCAGCGCGUUCCUUUAAGCGUUCCUCGUCAUUUACUGGCUCUGCGAAGUCAAGCAGCACAGGCGGAGUGCAAAACAUCGCUCUACAGGCCCACAUCCGUGAAGGCGAAGUCGUGCGAGGACUAGGCAUCGAUACCGUCGUUUCCGACGAAUCCGAUCCUCUUGAAGAAGAAAUCCGCAAGAUUUGGUCUCGAGAGAUGAACCGCAUAAAACGAGAAGCGAAGGCAAAAGACGCACUCGCCGUGCUCGAAGGAAUUGAAGGGUUCGAGGACGCCAUCAUGGGUUAAUGAGUUAAACAAAGCAAAACGGAAUUUCUCUUUAUCUAAUCAUCUCUCUACGUCAAUUUAGCUUUUUAUCUUAGUGGUCUCAGAUUUUAUCUACUUUU